UUGGCUAUAAAAGAUAGUUUAUUUAGCCAUUAAACAAUACAAAUCUGGCUUGACGACUUGCUUCAAUUCAUUGCUGCAGAAGUUUGUAUUUAAUUAAAUUAUUUAACACAAAGGAAGGGGUGACAAUGCAGUUGUACUCCAAAACAGCUGACAACUGAUAACAAGCAGAAGAUAGCAAGAAUAAGAAAACCACCCCCGUAAAGAUCCCAGGGAAAGGGCGCGGGUUUGUCGAAAGCUGUGGCGGUUGGUUUCCUGCCUCAUUCGCGACGUGCACUCGCUCCGGAAUAGAUUUCCCGAAUACAACAAAUCACGACGCUGCUGCGACACGAGCACCAACAAAUGACUCUGUGGGAGCUGCAAAUAUUGAUAUAACCUGCACGCUCCUACCCGCCCGCCGACUAUGGAUUGGUAGCGUUGCACAUUGCGAAAUUCAAGCUAUUCGUCAUCGCCAUCGUAGAGGAAAUCCCCCGUCAGAAUGGCUUUAGCCAGCGCCGCAGCCGCCUUGCUCAAGGCUUCCCAGACGCCGCUGCAGCAGCUGCUGGAGGACAUCAACUUCCAGCGCACCAAGGAGAUGCGGCAGCUGCUCAAAGAUGAUGGCGGCUUUGUGGUGCUCCAGGGCACAACCUACUGGACGGAUCUCUUUGUGCGCCACUUCCUCUUCCAAACAGAACCCGAGCAUAGCAUCGAUUCGGACGAUUUGCUCUUCUUCGUGCGAAAGAAACACGUGAAGAGCUCUUCACGCCACAUGCCAAAAUAUGAGACUGAGGUAGAGGUAUUCCGUAAGGACUCGCGCAAACUGCCCAUUGGCGAUCCCGAUGUGGACUGGGAGGAGACGGUCUAUCUCAACAUGGUCAUUCACCAGUUUGAUUACACCCUGACGCUGGCCAUUUGCACCCGAACGUCGCCCAAGGAGCUGCAGGUACUGCGCAGGCACUCUCAGCGCGUCUACGCCAGUCCUAGCCGAAGGAAGAUGGACACCAAGGGGGAGGGCGAGGAGAUAACGUAUCCACACAUCUGUUUUAUGGUGGACAACUUCGACGAGGUGUUCAGCGACAUACUGGUGCGCGAUGGCGAGAUGGUGUGCGUUGAACUGGUGGCCAACGAUAAGGAUGGGUCAGUUCAGGGCGUAAUCUUCCUGGGAUCCAUACGCUACGAUGCCCUAAAGAAGGUUUACGAUGCCAGGCAAUCGAGUCUCAGCUCCAAGGUGGCCCAGCGCAUGUCCUUUGGGCUGUUCAGCAGCGGAGCCGGAGUGCAGACACGCUGCGAGUUUGUCCGCAUGAAGGGACCUCAGGGAAAGGGUCAUGCCGAGAUGGCCGUGACCAAGCCAAAGGGAUCCGGCGUGGAGACCCCCACAAGCGAGCCGGGCUUCUGUGCCACAGACAUGUGGGACGAGUGGGAGGAGGAGAACGAUGACUACUGCACCUACCGUCACCAACGCCGGCUCAGCGACCCCAGCGCUAAUCUGAACAACUUCUCGCGCUACGGCUGGCGUACAAAGAAUGCCAACGCCCAGGAUAUGGUGGGCAGCGGCACCAGCUCCAAUGUCGGCGCAAAGGCACGCUCCGAAAACGAAGGCUUGGACUCGCUGGCCAGCGAGGUAUCGGAGAUCGAGGCCGGUGAUCUGCGCGACGAUCAGCAACGUCCUGCUUUCUCGGCCUCCGCGGCAAAACUGCACUCGAAUCCGAAGUGCUCCGAUACGCUCGCUCCCGCGACGGGUGAGCUAGACAAGGGGCCGACACACGAAUCUCCAGGUUGUGGUGACGGUGACGGUGACUGUGCAGCUGCAGCGGCAGCUGUUCCAGCUGUUACUCCACCACCCCUAAGCGCUGCCGUUGAGGUGACUGUGGCCAGCGAUCAAUCCGGCACGAGCACGACCACGGGCUGCAACUGCUUUGGCGGCAAAAAGUGUAAGAAGCGCUGGGCAUCGUCCAAGACCUCAGACACCCCGGAGAUGUCCGAGAUGUACUGUCCCAGAUGCGAGGAUCCGUCCAAUGAGACGCCUGCCUGUCUCAGCAAGAUGCCGGACAAGCGACAGUCUCGUCUUAAGCCAAAGACCAGUAUUUUGAGUGUGGAGAGCGAACUGCUGGUGGGCAAGCGAAGCAGCCUGAGACUGCCCGCCGACAGCAAACGCAAGCCACUGGGCGGAAGCAUCACAAGAAGCGCCUCACUCAGUGCAGCCGAUCGCAGAACGAGUCUGCCGGUAGCCACCAAGAAGAUAAUUACCCCAAGACUGCGCCCUGCUAAGGCUAAGGAUCAGGACAAGGGCAAAGACAAAGAGAAAGAGAAAGAUAAGAACAAGGAGAACGAAAAGAAGUCUUCUAACCAGAAAUCCAACGGAUCGACGAGUAAUUUCCUGUCCAAGAUGUCGCCCAAGCGGCUACGACAAGGCAAGGAUAAGGACAAGGAAAUUGACAAGGGCAAGACCAAAUCGAACGCUCCAUCGAAGGCAGAGGCUGGAAACAAUAACAAUGCAAAAACGCCAAAUUCAACAGCUCCUGCAAAGACGGAGGAGUAUGAAAUAGCCGACGAUGCCACUUCCUUGAACGGCAGCAAAUCUGAGGGCACAGGGGCACCCAAGAUGGCCGUCAUGAGCGAGAGCGAAAGCAAGCUGAUGAUCAGCGUGCGAGGUCGCGAAGAGCUGCCUGUGGUGGAGUCAGAGUCACCCAAGACACCCUCGCAACGCUUCGAGAAGUUUGUCCUCGUACCUGUCGAACCGGAAAACCAUCCACUGCAGCCGGCUAGUCCGUCCGGCAACGUGAACGAUAACGAUGAGCUGGCAGACACUGUCGUCUCGCCCACGGAGGUCACACCGAUGCUGGACGUGGCCAAUGGCAACCAAGAGUCUAGUGCCACCUUACCACGCACUUCCAAGCAGGCGCACAUUACCAAGAUGUUACACAUGGUGCCCAAGCGCCGCACCCCGGACGGCACUAAUAUUUACUACUGGUGCGAUGUGCCCAAGAAGACCCUAAAAGAGCUCGACGAUGGCGCCUACAAUCCGCUGUGGACCAGUCGCGGCUUUACGCAGUCCUUUCAUUUCUGGAAAGAGAAUCGACGACAGCAGUCGACGCCGCUGAAUGCAUUCCUCACCUAUGUGACACUGCCCUGGUGGAGCAUUGCGAAAGAUCUGCUGGAUCAUCGGGAGACGCCCAUUCUGACCUUUUAGUAUUACAUUCAUUUGCGAUUGUGAUUUGCCUUUAUGCUUUAUAGUUCUCUUAUCCCGUACAUAUAUGUAUUCUUUAUUCGAUCGAGUGCCCCUGUCGUGUGAUCAGUUAUCAGUUAACUCGUUGUGCUGUCUCCCAAUCGCGUAUUUCAGUUUAUUUAUCAGUUUAUUCGCUUCGCUCACGACGAACGUUGAGUUUCCUAAGCGCAUUAUAGUCGAUGCAGGCCAACCAACAAAUUUAUAAACUAUAUACAAGUAUGAGGACGAUAAUGAAACAUGUUAGCGGGAAUAUAGUAGAUAUGUAAUUGUAAUAUUAUUUGUAAAUUUUACCACAAAAUAUAUAUAUGUACUAAUAGAAAACAGA